AUGAAGUUACGAUCCCAGGCUUUCGUCUCAAUGGGUGCCAUGACCAUGGGCUUGCUUUUGCUUUACCCUCGUUCGUCCAACGCCACACUUCUGCGGCAUCCAGAACCGUCUCUUCGUGGCCAGGCUGUUGCUUGGGGCCUCAGACGACACUUACAAGAGUCGGAGCCUUCGUCUGUGUUGUGUCAUGUGAUGAAACUCCGUGUGGAUUUCUUGGAGUCCACAACGGAAUCCAACAACUGGACGGACGUGCAACCAGCCUUGGAGGAUACUGAUGAUGAUCAAGAGGAUAUAGUCUGUGAGACUACUUUACCCAACGACAAUGGUAACAAUGGCAAUAGCAACAGUAGUACUGCCUUAUGGAUGUACAAAAUGAACAAUCUUCCACAGUCGAUUCGCAACCAGCUUUUCUUGGACUCGGAUGAUUCGCAACCCAACGAUUGGAUACACAUAUCCCACGUCCUGCGUGAUGAAUCCACUGCGACCUUGGACAUUCUUCCCAAUGCCACCAUCACAAUCGGACGUCGACCUUCGAAUAUCAUCAGUUUGGGAGAUGCCACUGUCAACUCUGUUCACCAUCGUCGUCGUUCUUUGACUCAAACCUACCAAAACAUGGGAUACAGCAAAGUUUUGGUGGUUCGCGUCACAUACUUGGGGUUUGCUCCGACAGUCACGGCGGAUGAUCUCAGUGGAAGAAUCUUUGGUAUUGGUCCCCAGGCAAAACGAGAUGUCAAUCUACGCCGUCAAAUCAAGGAAUGCAGUUUCGAUAAGCUUAUCCUUGGCCCUGCACCACCGAUCCGCCCCAGGGAUCGAUCCUCCAAUUCCAGUGCGAUCGUACGAGGGGUGACAGAGAUGAACAUUACCGAAGCAGUGGCUCACAACGAUGACUCGGUUCGGACAUUGGAAAACAAAGUGGUGCUCAAGCUGAGAGACUGGUACGGUCCCGACUUUUUGGCUCGUACCAAUCACAUCGUGAUCGUCUUUCCAAACAGCAACCUUAUCCGAUUCCGCGGUCGAAACUACUUGGCCUACGCAUACUUGCGAGGAAAGUACUCUAUCUUUAACAAUGAUUGGGGAACCAGCUUGAGCGCAUUGGCACACGAACUAGGGCACAAUUGGAAUCUCAAUCAUGCAGGAGAGUCUGGCCAGGCAUACGGAGAUUUGACAGGCAUGCUUGGCUUUGGUGUCAAGACCGGUGACUACCCCAGAAGUUGCUUCAAUGCCCAAAAGAACUGGUUCUUGCGAUGGUACGAGGACCGCUCACGAGCCUUGGUCGUGGAGCCGUCUCCCACGGAUUCAAGCGCAACGAGUACUCUUCCCUGGACUGGAGACAUGGUUGCCUUUGUCGAUUAUUCUGCCGCCCAUGUGGCGCAACCGGUAGUUCUGCAGAUCUCGUCCGACAACUCUCAGAAGCGACUCUAUUGCCAGUUCAACCGCGCCAAGAAAUUCAACCGAGAAACGAGAGAAUAUCCCAACCAGGUUGUGAUCAUUGAGGAAGAGGGGAGCCUUGCGAGUUCCAAUGGGAUACAGUCCUGGGUUGCGGGAACCAUCCAACCUCCAUCCAUUCGUAAGCGGGCAGAGCCUGGGGAGUACACCUUCUCCUAUGGCAACUUUGCUUCGGGGGGUCGAGCGGUUCAUUUUCAAGUCUGUCUCCAGGUUCGAGGACCAAACCUCGACUUUGUCCGCCUGAGCAUAUACUUGGAUGGACAAACCAGCGGAUGUGAAGACGACAGUUAUCAGGUGGGAGAUCCCUAUCCCACGGUUUCACCCACCCUAUCCAUGUCGCCAUCAGUGAUGCCCUCGGUGUCUGUGGCACCUUCUUGGGCACCGUCAGGAGCUCCCGUUGUGUCUGAGACCCCCACUGCGUUCUGCGAAGAUUUUGACGAUGAAAAUUGGCAGUAUUUUGACGAGAGCCUUCACACCAGACCCUCUCUUGUCAACUGCGUUUGGCUGAAGCGUCAGAGGGAUAGACUACGCAACAAUCUGUGCAGCGACCCUACCAGUCAAGCUGCCACAUUUUGCCCUGAUACAUGCGGUGAAUGCUUUGAUGGCUGCGACGACGACCUCAGCGAGCCAUUCUUUGUCAGCCAUUCUCUCGGCAAUCGCACUUGCCAAUGGCUCUGGCAGCAGCCCAAGUGGCAGGACAGGCUUUGUAUGGAUGCACACCCUGCAAACACAAUUUGCGCUGAGACCUGCAAUUCCUGUCCACCAGUCAAUUCCGCAUCGCCUGUACCGUCUGCGAGCCCCAGCGAAUCAUCUAUACCGUCCGAGAGUCCAUCUGGAGCUCCAACGGGUGUUCCCACUCCAAGCCCAUCUACAGCUCCAUCUAGUUUCUGCGAAGACUCUCCCCGCAAGUUCAAGCUUACUCCCAACAGCACCUCCUACAUCAACUGUGCAUGGCUGACUCGACACCCGGACAAGGUGGCUGAGAAUCAACUGUGCAACCCAGAGAAUACCGCCUCGACAGCCCAUUCCAUGUGUCCAGAUACUUGCAAUCUCUGUUACGACAAUUGCAGCGAUGAUGAACGGUAUAGCUUUUACGUGGACGAAAGUUGGGAAUACCGCCACUGCUUGUGGCUGAGCACACGCCCACAUUACAUUUCCCGGCUGUGUGUGGACGGCCACCCAGCCAAUGACCUGUGUGCCGACACCUGCAACCGAUGCCCUCAAGGUCGCCCGUCGUGUGAAGAUUCACGUCCAGGAACUUUCUUUUGGAUUGACGGAGACAAUCUGCGAAACCGACGUAAACGAGAUUGUGUAUGGUUGGCUCGACGUGACGCACAAGUCCGAGAAUCGUUGUGUCAACUUCCAGCAGAUAUUACGGAUACAACCACUGCCUAUCAUGUGUGCCCAGAGACUUGUGGUUUCUGCUCCGACUCUUGCGAAGAUGACCCUGGUAUCACAUUCUAUGUGAAUGCCAAUCAAGGCAAUCGGACCUGUGACUGGCUCAGCACUAGACCUUUCUGGCAAAACAGGACGUGCGUGCAAGGGUCAACAGCCUGGGAGCAUUGCCGAGAGUCUUGCAACAGCUGUGAUUCCUACUAG